AUUGCUCUGCUCACUAGUUCCGUUUCGUAUGCGUGCACGUUGUUACGUAUGUCAGAGAACACGAGGAAUCGCGAGGAACGAGACGAAGAAAGGCGAGGCAAGGUAAAGUAAUGCUAAACGACGUUGUCAACGAGCCUCGAUCGGAAGGGGGAAAUAUGGGGGAAACCGGUGCGUUACGCGCUCCAGGCGCGCACAUGAGUGUCAAUUGGCGUAUCAGCAGUCCAGUCUCGGUGUCCAGCGGCGUAGGUGGACAAGCAACGACAGUGCGAGCACGAGCACGACAACGACGACGACGAGGACGAUGACGACGACGACGACGACGACGUCUAGGUCUACAACUGUGGCGUCGAAUAUAAAUUUGACGACGCGGCAGCUGUAUCUGCAACCGGGUCAGCGGCCAACGUUGGCGAACGCGUGUCACAGCCCGUUGCCGUUUCCAUGCAGGCCGUGGACGAGCGAAACUGGCGUCGCCGCCGCCGUCGCCGCCUCUGGCAACAUUGGGAUUAAAGGGAUUAUAGCGGGUGGCAUCACUGGAGGCAUAGAAAUUUGCAUCACAUAUCCAACAGAAUAUGUAAAAACACAGCUGCAACUAGAUGGAAAGGCUGGUGCUGGCAAAGAAUAUACAGGCAUAGCUGACUGUGUGACUAAGACUAUCAAGACUCGUGGAUUUUUUGGCCUAUAUAGAGGCUUGUCUGUUCUGCUUUAUGGUUCCAUACCAAAGUCGGCAGUGCGAUUUGGUGCUUUUGAAUCAGUAAAGAAAAGAUUAGUGGAUGCAGAUGGGAAGCUCAAUCCACAAAGAAGACUUUUGGCAGGUCUUUGUGCUGGAGUAUGCGAAGCUAUAUUUGCAGUUACUCCCAUGGAAACUAUUAAAGUAAAAUUUAUUAAUGACCAACGUUCUGCAAAUCCAAGAUUCAGAGGAUUUUUUCAUGGAGUGCGUUUGAUUGUGAAGGAACAUGGUUUUAAAGGGGUAUAUCAGGGAGUAGUACCUACCAUUUUAAAGCAAGGAUCCAAUCAAGCUAUCCGUUUCUUUGUGAUGGAAACGCUUAAAGAUUGGUACAAAGGAGGUGACAAUACUAAAAGUGUUCCAAAAAUAGUUGUUGGCAUAUUUGGUGCAGUCGCUGGUGCGGCAUCCGUUUUCGGAAAUACUCCUAUCGACGUUGUUAAAACUAGGAUGCAGGGAUUAGAAGCUGCGAAAUACAAAAGCAGUAUGGAUUGCGUGGUUCAAGUAUGGAAGAAAGAGGGUCCAAUGGCAUUUUAUAAAGGAACCAUUCCGAGAUUGGGCAGAGUAUGUCUAGACGUCGCUAUAACAUUUAUGAUUUACGAUUCCUUCAUGGAACUUUUCAACAAAGUCUGGCCUUAGGUCUGUUACUUUUUCUCAUGUCGCAUAUACAUGUUACAUUGAGUCACAUCAAAGACAAAUUUUGCAACUAUCAUUUACAUGUUAAUAUACGCGCGCAUUUUUUAUAAGCAUAUUUAUACUAUAUAUUUUUCAGAGUUUAUUUAUAUUUUUAGUUAAAGUAUGCGCGAAAAUUUAUUGCAUUGACAACAAUUAUUUGCAUCAGUGAUGCAUUAAAACUUACAAAACAGAAAAAAACAUCGCGAGUGCAUUUGACGCAUGUCGAUCUAUGAUAUAGAUAAAUAAAACUGCAUUUGCGCUUUAUUUAAUAGCGUAAUAUAUGCUAAACGCAUUUAUGCACGCAUUUAUUUAAUACGCGAUGCAACAGUAGUGUUAUUUCAAUCGUGGAAGUUUUGCGUUUGGUUGGUCGUUAAGAUAAUACAUUUUACGCUGUAGAACAAUAUUCUGUGACAACGUACAUUCCUACAAACAUAUUCUUUCCAAGUACAUAUACAUAGCUAUAUACUAUAUACAUAGCUAUAUAGCUAUAUACUGUUUGUGCGAAUUUCUAAGGUGAGAAAAUAGUCUGUGUAUAAUAGCUGUAAGUCAUAUCGUACACAUGCCAACACAAAUUUAUAUUUACAGUUAAUAUAUACAAUUAAUACCAGAAUAUAUUUAUGUACUAUUUUGUACAGAGAGAAAGAGAGAGAAAGAGAAAAAUAGCACUUAAUAAGUACUUGUAGAUCAACAGCGAAACCUCUAACGAUUUUGUUCUUAAACACUUUCUUUUGUUGAAGAAUUACACAUGAAUGUUGCAAUGACACACAAAAAUAAGAGAGUGUAUAUUAAUAAAAAAAAAUAUAUAUAUGUAUAUCAA